CUUCAAGGAAUCCAUGCUCCAGAACAGAUCCAUGACACCAUUCGGGAAUACAUCGACAAGAUUUCCAAAACCACGUCGGACAACUUGGAGUCGAUCCGCAACUCUGAGCUGGGCAAGGAGGUCAACACCCGUAUCACUGACAGCAUCAACAGUGCCCGAAACUACCAGGCAGAGCUACAGAAGCAGCUUCCUCCGGUGGCCCAGGACCUCCUGCAGAAGUUCAUCACCGACCUCCAGCAGGUGAACCAGAAAGUCCAGCCAUUUGCGGAUGACCUGAACCAGAAGAUGCAAGGCGGGGUCAGCAAGCUGCAAGAGCACUUGGCCCCCUUCGCAGAGGACCUUCUGGAACAAGCUGAGCAACACACGGAGACACUGCGCCGGGCCUUGAUCACUGGGACGGAGGAGCUGAAGCAGAACCUCCAGCAGAACGUGGAGGAACUCCAGGCCCAGCUGGGACCUCUGGCCGAGGACAUGAAGACCAAAAUCCAGCAGCAGGUGGAGGAGUUCCGGCAAGGGGUCGAACCGCUGGCGCAAAAGCUCCAGGGUAGCCUCAGUCAAGGGGUGCAGCACGUCCGGCACAACUUGCACCCCUAUGCUGAAGACCUCCAGCAGAAGCUGAUCCCCAUGGCUGAAAACCUCCAGGGUCAUCUCAGCAGCCUCUGGACCUCCUUCCGGGAGCGGUUCCAGUGAGCGCCUGCUCUGACCACUGGUCAGGGAUGGGAGGAGGAAGGCCGGUUUUUCUGCCAGCCCUUUGGCCGGUACCCAGGGAGGGAGGGACGGGAACGUCUAGGGAAGCACACUCCCUGAUGCGACAACAUCUCUGGCCUGUAACCAUCCCCUCUGUGGAGCAAUAAAGCCACAGACGACAAGCCA